GGUAACAUCCCGGUAACAUAGCAACGCAGCAGUGAAAACAGCUUUCCAAGAGCACAUCGACAAGAACGUGAAACAGAUUGCUGUUUAUGGUAGCAGCUUGCGUUAAAUAGUUGAAAAUGAGUUCAAGACAGGUUCAGCAAGUCUUUGAAAGGUAUCAAAAAGAGAGGACAGCUUUCGUCCAGAAAGUCGCGGAUCUCGCAAAUCAUUCGGAGAACAUCGAAACGCUACAGAAUGGAGGUGCAAUGGCUCUUUUAAGACCUCUUCUACUUGAUGUUGUACCCAGUAUUCAACAAACAGCCGCCUUGGCUCUUGGCAGACUGGCUAAUUACAAUGAAGACCUUGCAGAGGCUGUUGUGAAAGGAGACAUUCUACCACAGCUUGUGUACUCUCUGGCAGAGCAAAAUCGGUUUUACAAGAAGGCUGCUGCAUUUGUUCUUCGAGCUGUAGCAAAACACUCUCCCCAGCUGGCACAGGCUGUAGUGGACUGUGGUGCUUUGGAUGCUCUUGUUAUCUGUUUAGAAGAGUUUGACCCUGGAGUCAAAGAAGCUGCAGCCUGGGCUCUUGGCUAUAUUGCUAGACACAAUGCUGAGCUCUCUCAGGCUGUAGUUGAUGCAGGAGCUGUUCCUUUGUUGGUCCUUUGUAUUCAAGAACCUGAAAUGCCUCUUAAGAGAAUAGCUGCAUCAGCAUUAAGUGACAUUUGUAAACAUUCUCCAGAGCUGGCACAAACAGUAGUGGAUGCAGGAGCAAUUGCUCAUCUUGCUCAGAUGAUUCUUAAUCCAGAUUCAAAACUAAAGCGACACAUAUUUUCUGCAUUGAGCCAGAUUGCAAAGCAUUCUGUAGACUUGGCUGAAAUGGUUGUUGAGGCUGAAAUAUUUCCAGCUGUUCUGGCCUGUCUGAAAGAUGAAGAUGAAUAUGUCAAGAAGAAUGUGGCAACUCUCAUUAGAGAAAUAGCAAAGCACACACCAGAGCUUGCGCAGUUGAUUACAAAUGCUGGAGGGGUUGGAGCAGUGGUAGACUAUAUCAAGGAAUCCAAAGGAAAUGUACGUCUGCCUGGAAUCAUGAUGCUUGGUUAUGUCGCAGCCCACUCAGAAACACUUGCCAUGUCUGUUAUUGUUUCUAAGGUAUGAAGGACAGUGCAUUUGUACAGAGGUUUUUAUAGCAGGAAAAGUUUCUGGUUGCACUUCUAUUUUGUGGGUGAAGAUUUUCUCUGGAAAAUUGUACCAUUUUUUCCAAGCUACAUGUAUGAACUAAUGAAACUGUAAGUCAUGAAUUGAACAUCUGAUUGCAAACAACCAACUUUUAUAGUGCUCGUGUUUUAUUGAUAUUCCGGAAAUAAAUUGGUUUAAAAUGUGAUAAUUAUACACUGGGAUAAAUUAUUAUGUAAGCUUGUAUUUU